CCGGUACGGUUUCAUGGACCAUGCACUUUUGGACAAAGUUUUUAACUGAAUGUUCUAGUAACCCUUAUAUAGCUCCACCGGCCAUAACUAUUGAACUGUUUUUGGUCCAUGUGUGGCUGCUGCACACAGACAUCAUAGUCGAAUUUAAGGACCACGGGCCAUUGUUGCCGACGGGUAAUGGGAACAAAGAAGCUGGAAAAUAAUAUCUAUGAAACGUACAAAAUUGGGGGCAAGAAUUUGGAUUAUAUGCAAUGAAAUCUAUGGGCCUGGUUUGUUCAUCCAUCCAUCCAUCCAUCUAUUUGGGCCUCUUAUUAAACAAAAAGGAUGAUGGACAAUGCAAAGUACUAGUGACAAUGGUUGCUAUUGAAUGACACCGAUAAUUAAUAUACUCGUCGUUGUAUCGCAUGAAAUACGUGUUAACUCAAAUGAGUUCUUUUCUAAUAAUAAGAUUUGAAAUUGUGCGAACGUCUUGUUUUGUUUCUACCUUAUAUUUGUGAACUUAAAAUCGGUUAUUAAAUUUCUCGUCAAAUUAAGUGAAAUCGUUAGAACGAAAUGAUUUUACGGGCCUUACCAAAGAGAAUUCCUAUGGGAGUAUCAGCAAUGUGCACAUGGACAAAACUGCACGCCUCAAUUCCCUUUCCAUGAACAAGAACAAAAAAGGCCUCUAUCCCCUCUAUUUCACUUCACGUGGAGAAGGUUAAAGCCAAAAAGGGAACACUAGUUUGUUGUGAAGGCUAUGGCCAAUUUCAUGAUAACAAGGGCAGUGUUUCAUUGGCCAAAUGAAUCUCUCUUCCUUACCAAAUCCGAAUUGAAAAAAAGAAUACUACAUCAUAAAAAGAGAGAAGGAAGAAGAAACCUACCAACUCAAAAUCACCAAUCUUUGCUUAUAAGUUAUACCCCAAAGCACCCCAACUGCAACAACUCUGCCCUUUUGCCCCCCCUCCUGUCUUCCCUCCAUAACAGAUGACUUGGAUUCCUUGUGAUUCAAGAAUGAUGAUGGAAAUCAUUGAAAUGGGAAGAUUAGAUUAUUCUUGUUAUCAGACAAUCUCAAGCUUUCUCACUCUCAGUACUCCUCUACUCACCCCUUAAUCAUUCUGUCAUCACACCCCACAACCCAUAUAAGCCUCUCUAAACCAAAGCCAGCAAAAAUAACUGACAUAACUGUAUAAUACCCAUUUCAAAAACAAAAACAAAAAACCCACCAGAAAGUUCUCAACUUUGGUUGCAGAACAAUGAUCCCUUCAUCUCCUUCCAAGAUACUAAUUGGGAUCCCAUUGGACCCAGAUGAAAGCAAUGAGCUUCUCUCUUGGGCUAUCAGGGUUCUUGCCAGUCCUUGUGACACCAUUGUUGCCAUCCAUGUUGUUGUUGAUGAUGAGCAGCCAAAGAAGAAGAAGACUAAGAAGGGGAGUAGUGGUAGUAAGAGGGUGCAGUCCCGGGUUCGACAAGCCAAAGCUCAUGUGAUUUCUGUGCUUGGAGAGUAUGCUUGGAGCUGCCAGUCCAAGCAGAUAAACUUGGAGGCAAGAGUUGGAUUCAGCUCCAGUGUUGGAGCUGGCCUGGUUCACGAGUCGAACUCCAUUUCAGCUGACUACCUUGUUCUUCCUGGCUUGAGAAGCAGGUCCAACAGGACUUGGCAUGAGGUCAUCAAGUAUUGUUUUGAGCAUGCUGCUGAGGGAUGCUCAGUCAUCUCAAUUGGGAAGUCUCAACAGCCAAAUCUCAACUCUGCACUCCUCAAAGAAGUUCAUCAAUCAAGCUCAGAGUGGUUGAGGAAGGCAAAUGAUGACAGCAGCAGUCUUGGUUCCCCAGCCAGUGAAGAACAUGAUAAGGAGAAUCUCACCAGGAGACAGAAAGAUUCUCCUAGGACUGUUUUGGAAGGGGAAUCAUCCUCACCAUCAUCUUCAUCUCACAGCAGUAAUGAAGAUGAGGUUUCAAGCAUCUCCGGUUCAACAGCUACAAUGGGAAUAGCAGAAUCUCCUUCCAAGUUGAUUCACAGCUCAAAAUCCAUAAGGCAAAUGAUGUCUCCUUAUAAGGCCAUCAGCUCAUUCUUGACUUCAUCUUUCAGAAGAAGAAGAAGUCAAAGCUUCUCUGGAAAACCUAAGCUAGUACUGCAACAUCAAGAUCAGCAUCAGCAGCCUUUGCUCAAGUGCUUUACCUACGAGGAUAUCGCACGAGCUACCAGCUAUUUCCAUCCAGGGAAUCUAGUAGGAGUAGGAGGGUACUCAGAAGUGUAUAGAGGAGAUCUUCCUAAUGGAACAACCAUUGCAGUGAAAAGGCUGGCUAAGGACAACACAGAUGCUAGAAAGGAGAAAGAGUUCCUCACAGAAUUGGGGAUUAUAGGCCAUAUCUGCCAUCCCAAUACAGCAACUCUAGUUGGCUGCUGCAUUGAAAAUGGGCUCUACCUCAUCUUCAGCUUCUCACAGAAUGGGAAUUUGGCCUCAGCAUUGCAUGGCAAAACAGAAGAGGUGCUUGAAUGGGAAACAAGGUACAGAAUAGCUCUUGGAGUUGCAAGAGGACUGCAUUACUUACACAAAUGCUGCAAGCAUCGCAUAAUCCACCGCGACAUCAAGGCCUCCAACGUUCUCCUUGGACCCGACUAUGAGCCUCAGAUCACUGAUUUUGGGCUGGCCAAAUGGCUUCCAAACAAGUGGACACACCAUGCUGUGAUCCCAAUUGAGGGAACAUUUGGUUACUUAGCUCCAGAGUACUUCAUGCAUGGGAUUGUGGAUGAGAAGACAGAUGUCUACUCCUUUGGAGUUCUGCUGCUGGAGAUCAUCUCAGGGAGAAGGCCUGUUGAUUCUUCAAUGCAGAACCUUCUAUUAUGGGCAAAGCCACUGAUGGAAGCUGGGAAUGUAGCUGAACUGGCUGACCCAAAACUGGAAGGCAAGUAUGAAGCAGACCAAAUGUACAGAGUUGUGCUAACAGCUUCAUACUGUGUUAGACAAUCUGCAGCAUGGCGCCCUUCGAUGAGCGAGGUUUUGGAGCUUUUGACCACUUGCCAACAAGAUUCUGAAAUUGGCAAGAGCCGGAGAAUACCAAAGUUUACAUCUGAUGAAUUGGAUGAUUUCUCCAUGGUUUAUGGGUAUGAUGUCCCUCUAGAGAUUGACUUGGAGGAGUAUUUGUAAGCAUAAACAAAAAAAGAAACAUUCAGCUUUCAGAAAAUUUUGUAGUUUUCUUAUAACUUAUGCAACAUUACAUUGACCUAGGGGUGAACCACGAUCUAAUCCGCUCUGAACUGAACCAUGUCGAGUUCACAUUUGGAUCGAAUCGAAUUUGACAGGAGUAUUACUCCAUCUAGACCUUUUCAGGCCAUAUUCCAUUGGAUCUUCUUAGAAACAAAGGAAGAGAGGACACAAAACUGAGAUUUGAGUUUAAUCAAAUCAGAUCGAGUACGAUUUUGUACGAUUCUAUAUCGUUGUAGUUCAAUUUCGGAUCGAGUCGGGUCAUGGCUAGCCCUACAUAGACUGUAUUCAUACUUGGAGCACAACAUUUGUAUCAUUGAUUGAAUUUAAUGAAAGUACAAGGAAGGG